CAAGUUCUUGCAGAAGAUGGCGGCAAUGAAACAUUUGCGGGAAGCGUACGCGCACGCUGGUUUUAAUCCUUUAAUAGUCAGAAAGUUGGCGACCAUUGUUCCCAAUGUUUCUCAAGUAGAUAAUUCUUCAAAUUUCCUGAACAACAUUCCUCACCGAAAACACCCAGGCAUCCUCCAUCUCAAAUGUGUGAAGCUUCCGCCUGAGUUAGUGCAAGCAGUUUCCUUUUGGGUAGCCCAAUCCCCCAUACGUGAUAUGGAGAAGAAGUCCGAAUCUUUUAGCAACUACCUCUGGAGCCGCAAACGUCCAAUAGAGUUGAAAGAUCUGCGUAAAAAAGCACAACUCCUGGAACAGAAGCUGAGGAAGGAUGCAGAAGUCCUGGUCCAGCAGAAAGGUGGAUCUCUAGAUGAAAGUGAUAAGCUGAAGCAAAAGGUUUUGACUGCUGUUCGUCAAACAACCUUCCACUGGGAAGAAUUGAAAUAUACUAAAGAGCUCAGCUUUCUGUACAUGGUCAGCCGGAUGGAUGCAAACUAUGCAGCAGUGAGUCGAGCAUUCCAUGAAAUCCAGAAGCGAGUGCCAGAUUUCCAGCCCAAAACUUUGCUGGAUUUUGGCUCGGGUACCAGUGCUGUCAGCUGGGCAGCCCAUAGUAUCUGGGGCGAAAGCUUGAAAGAAUACAUGAAUAUUGAUUGUUCUGUUCACAUGCUGUCCCUGGCAGAGAAACUGAUGAGAGGCAUCUCUGAAUCCCAAGAGCUCUGCUUUCCUGGUGUCUACUUCAGGCAGGCUUUCCCCGUUGGGCCACAGAUGACGUUUGAUCUCUCAGUAUCCGCUUUCUCUCUCAACGACCUGCCAACUUAUGCUCAGAGAAUAGCAAAAGUGAAAAACCUAUGGAAGAAAACUAACAACUUUCUGGUUCUGGUUGAAAAUGGAACUAAGGAAGGCCAUCAGAUGCUCAUGGAGGCCCGGGAUGUUAUUUUGAAGGAAGCAGAUAAAGUAAAAGAAGAAGCUCAUGUGUUUGCUCCAUGUCCACACCAUUUGCCCUGUCCUCGCAUGUUACGGGAUAAUCCUUUGCCAUGCAACUUUCUCCAGCAGUAUGAACCCCUGCCUUUGUCUUGGAAUCCUCCACACAAAACCGAGAGAUUUUCUUUUUUGAUCCUGAGCCGGGGAUCGAGGAAGUCGAUGGAGCCCUGGCCUCGCAUCACCCAGCCUGUCCUUUGCCGCAAACGCCACAUCCAUGUGCACCUCUGUUGUGCUGAUGGCACCCUUCAACAUGCUGUUGUGACAUCAAAGAAACAUAGCAGGGAUCUCUAUCGAUGUGUCUGGAACAGUAAUUGUGGGGAUCGGCUUCCAAUUUUGACUCCAAAUAUAGAAUCCAUUUUGGAGGACAAGUCAACUCUUGAAGACCAGAAAAACGAUUCUCAAAAAGUGAAUACUGCUCCUUGCCAGGAUCAGAAUUGAUGAGGUCCCUUCUGGCAUACUUUGAUGCUUCCUUUUGGUAUGUUCAGACUGGAUGUCUAUCUCAGAUUGAUAGUUUCCAGAACUGGAAUUCUUUAUGCUGUUUGGAGCUAUAGACCCAGGUUUGUUUCUGCUUGGCGGUGUGUGUAUAAUUAACAGAAUCAAACUAUGGUACACCUCAGUUCAUGAUCUGUGGAUACUGAUUUUCUUGGAACAACUUUGGCCAGUAUCAGAUGUGAUGGAUUUAAUUCAGCGGUUUUUCUCUUGGAUAUUAACAGAAAGUCAAGUCAGAUAUCAAGAAAUUUAAUUGGCUGUGGUUAAAUUGGUGGACAGUUUGAACAUUCUCACAAUACACAGAAACAAGUCCUUUGGUUGACUUUUUCAGUCUUGUGCUCUACAAAGAAUUCGGAUUACAGAUUCCAUCUCUAGUCUUUGGCUGUGAGAGCCUGACAAAGAACACGAGGGUGCCAGAGUCUACACUGCAUAUAUCUCUGGAUUAUUCCAUUUGGAUUGGAAAUGGACUAUUUAAAUCUUCUUAUCCUUUAAAACACCAUCUAUAAGAUUAA